CUCCGGUGUGUUGUAAGCAGCUCCAGCUCAGUUCCCGGUGGAGAUUUUUCCGGUUAGGAAUCUUUAGCUUUGCGCCGCUCGUAUGUUCAGCUGAUUUUUGUCGCGACCAUGAAGCUCUGCGUCUGCGCUCUGAGGCUUUGCUCCCUCUGAGAGGCCCGGAGGACUUCAGCUUUUCACAUCUAUUGGCUAACGAGGGGAGCAGCAUCAUCCAUCAGUCCAUGAUGUCCUCCAGAAGUAAGAACGACCUGUGCCGAAUAUGUGGCGGGAAUCUUCAGGGAAACCAACGGCGAUGGCUGUUUGGGAGCCAGAAUAAGAAGCCUGGUCAGCCUAAGACCCCAGCAGGGUCCCUGAGGGGCAGGAGCCUGUCCCAGUCCUCACAGAGCAGCCCCUGGGGCAGCACGAUCUCUCUGGGUUCCUCUGUUUCUCUCUCCAAGUCCCUGUUGUCUGUGAGCUCCCCCUCCAAGAGCAUGGAUCUGCUCGCAGUGUUGACCCACAUAGUGGGGCAGUCUGUACCACGGGGCAGCGGGCAGGGCGAGUUUGUGUGUGGCAAAUGUGUGUGCCUCCUGGAACAGGUGUUCAAGUUUGACACAGUCAUAGCCAGGGUGAGGGUGCUUUCGUCCGAGCGCCUUCAGAAGCUGAUGCAAGAGAGAGAUAAAAUGAGGCAGUGGGUGCGCCAAAGCUACUGCCAGAGGCACCCGCAGGACUUUCAAAACAGAAGCAGCACCAGCGAGGAGGAUGGCGAGGUGGAGAAGGAAGGAUACCGGGAGAUGCUCAAGGAGAAUAUGGCGCUUUCUGAGUAUGAGUGCUGGUCUGAGAAGUGGGACACAUGUCCAUAUUUUAUCAAGACGGGUAAAAGAUGCAGAAAAGGGAAGGGAUGUGAGGGCUGUGAUUCCUUACGGGUGUCUGACUCGGAUUAUGAGUCUGUCUGUGGGGUUCCUCGUAAUAUGCCUUUUCAACCCUUUUCCCCGUUGUCCCGGGACAAGUCCCAGAGCAUGCCCCUCCACUGGCAGAGGGGGCCGUCAGUCAGCUCCAGCCCAGCCUCACUGGCAGGGUCUAGUCUCUCGUUACGAGCACCUUCCCGCACUGAGUCCACUCAGUCUCUCGACUCCCUGGAUGGGAAUGACCCAUUUGAGCCCAUGAGUGAUCAGUCAGUCAGCUUCAUGCUGAAGGAACUGAGAAGUAUUGGAGGGAAGCCGGUCAGUUCGCCAUCAGGGAGUAGGAUCCCCGUUCUGGGAAAAAGGGAUAGGAGGGACUUGGGAAAAAUCGGGGAGACCGCAUCACCCAGAGUGACCAGGGUGCUGAAUUUUGUGGAUGUGGCGAAUGGAGGGGAUGAAGAGGAUGGGGAUGUCCUAACAGAGCUGAGGGACGAGUUCAUGCCACUUCAUCGAGAGAGCACUGCAGCCAGAGCUCAUCAUGGUAUCAGGCAUCUAAAAGGCCAACUCGACCAAGCUGCUUCCCGCAUCAGGACCCUGGAGGCUGAGCUCAAACAUGGGAGAAACAAACCAGAGGAAGUCAACGGCUCACAAGACUGGGCUCCUCAGCUCCAGGAGGAGGGUGGCAGCUCCCUGCUGCAGAGCCUCUGUCUCUCCCUUCAGAGCCGCGAGCGUCUGAUCCAGGAGUGUGUGGCUCUGAUCGGCAGGCUGUGUGUGGAGGAGGGAGCAGGGACCGAGCUGGCCAACAGGCUGAUGGAGAAACUGAAAGAGACUCUUUCUGAGAACAAGACUGCUCUGGAGACUCUGAGGUCUGAGGUGGCUGAAGAAGAGAAGAGGGCAGAGAAGGAGAUGGAGGCUCUGAGGAAGGCCGGGCGAGACAGAGAGCGAGACCUCGACACCCUGAACGCUGUGCUGCAGUGCAACCAGGAUAUCAUCAAUGACCUGCGGGUGGCUCUGGGGGAGAAGGAGCGGCUGCUGAAGGAAGUGGAGAAAGAGCGGGAACUCUGGAGACAGAGGGACGGGGCCCUCGCUGCUGUCCUGCAGGAGAAGGAGGCUCUGAUCCACACCUUCAAAGAGCAGCUGGUGAACUUUCAGAAAGGGGUGGAGCAGUCUGAAGGGGGCGUGGCUGAGCUAGCAGCCUUGUUGAGGGAUCAAGAGGAAAGCAGCGCCACCUUGUGCCAGGAGGUCACCAAACUUACUGCGGCCCUGCAGGAAUACCAGGACAUGGUGCAGAGUCAGCAGGAGAGUCACAGGCAGGCGGCGUCCUCUCUGACAGCUCAGCUCCGGGACGCUCGGCGGGAGCUGAAGGAGCAGGAGAAGGAGAAGAAGGAGGCCGACAGAGCCUGGCAGGCUGACAGGGAGGAGCGAGAGCGAGGGGAGAGGAGGCUGAGGGACAGCCUGGAGAAGAGGGACAAACUCAUCGAGCAAAUCCUUCUGGAUGCUGAAGAGCGCGACCGUCUGUUCAGAGAGCUGCAGCAGAACCUGCAGAACAAACGGGAACCUGUGACCGCCGUCAAACACACACUGUGAUGGAGGAGGAAGAGGAGGAGGACUGAUGCAAACUCGCUGCACAAAGAUGGAGGAGCAUGUUGCACUUUUGGCCUCCUGAACAUAUUUAUUGUGGUGCACAUUUAUUUAUUUUCUCCUGACACAUUAAUGAGGCUGAAGGAAAGUGGUAUUGUCCUCCGGUGCUGCUUUUCUCUCUGGAGUGAGAGGUGUGAUUGUUUUCUGGACGGGGAAAUCUCAGGUCUAGCUUCUUGUAGCUGGAUGUUUAAUACUUGAUUCAAAAAUGAGCAAAUUACUGUAUACAGUUAAUUUUGAAUGUAACGGGGAGUGAGAUGAUUUCAUGCAGCAGAAAUGUCUCUGAAUGGUUGUUAGAGGAUGUGAGGAUCAGACAGGAGCGGGUACGAUAUUUCUUUAAAACGAUUUUUGCCUGAUUAGAAUCUUUAAAGCUCUUUAAUAAUUUUUUUUUUUUUUUUUUUUUUUUUUUUAGGAUAAAUCUGCCUGUUUUUGUGUUACAGUGCUGCUGUUGCACUCUGUAAACAUACAACCAAAGAAAUGAUUUUAACUGCUUUCAUUUUCUUUAAAUGUCUCUUUUCUAUUUUUCUGGACUUAUUUUUAAUCUUUAGUGUUUACAUGUCUCGUAUUGUUGGUCUUACUGUAAGAGACAUUUUCCCCCUUUUAGCUCAAGAGGAUUAAACACU